GCAACACACCCUGUAAGGGCAAACUGCUUUACCACAGCUACCACAGUCCUCACACUAACUUACCAGGAGUCAGCUAUGGAUUAUGAGCAGCAGGUUGAACAAAUCAAUUCCACCGCCAAACUUGGAGACUUGAUAGAAUUUUCCUACCCCAUCGGAUAUUCACACUGGGCAGUGUAUGAUGAAGAUAAACAUGUAUUCCAUUUUGCUGUUGCAGAUGAGGGGAAACUGAUGAACAACGUACGUACCGCCAUACAAGCACUCUUACCUGUAUGUGGUGACCUUCUAAUUGGGAUGACCAAGAUCCGCAGAAUGCCACUUAGAGAGGUGACCGUCCCGAAAGGAGUCCACAUCUUGAUCAGUAACAACCGGCACGCCUUCACACCAUCAGCAUCUGAGGAUAUGAGACGACGGCGCGAUGCCCUUCUUGGUCAGGAUUUCCAAUAUCACCUGCUUGAUCUCAACUGCGAGCACUUUGCCACUUUUGUACGCUAUGGAAAAGCUGUGUGCAACCAGAUUCCUACAAGAUCCAAGAAUGUUGAGUGUGAGGAGGCAACUGCAACCUUCGAAGGCAUUGUCAGCUCCAAAGCAACUGCUCCAGACAGUGGAGACUGGUCCAAUGCGGCAGAAGAUGAUGCUCCUUCUCUAUUUUUUGGGGCGCAACAGGGAGGUCAAAAUAUACAAACGGGUUAUUGGUUUUAGUUAAACCAUUACCAAAUCUCAGUAUCAUUUAUAAAAUCAUUUUUUCUUUCUUCUUUGGAAAAAAUCCAUUAUUCAAAUCCUGAUUAAAAUGCCUGAACAGCAACACCUGCAGGACAGCCUGUGUUAGUGAAGUGGUUGUGGGCAUCAUGAUAGGUAGAGGAGGACAAGCACCGUCCGUCCUCCGUUAGAGCGGGACCUCUUAUAUCAACUCAAUGCAUUUCAUUUUUUUCACGCUCGUCUGCGACUGGCCAAAAUAUGUCAAAUGACGCUUCAAGGGAGGAUAACCUCCCUUAGCUUGUUACGAAUCAACAGCCAGCAGAAUACAUGAUUGACAUCACGUUGGUCCAACGAUGAUGUCCAAAUGUCAUCUUCAGUCCGUUUAUCUGAAAUAUGAUAUGAUCUGAUAUGUUAUACAUCCCAGAUUUCAAAAUCAAGGAGGACAAAAUACUAACUUUCACCUGUUUAAUUGGCUCACAUCAAAAUAGACAGGCUCUGAAGAAGGCUCCGUGCCUAAACGUGUAAGCGUAUGUCUAUACAAAUUCCCUUUAUUGAAGUAAAAUUACUUAUGAAAAGUAUUAGCACUCAUUGAGCAAUGAAAUGUUCCCUGUCUGUGUUUUACUAUUGUGAUUUUUUUUUAUUACUACUGCAUUAAUGUGUAUGUACAGUAUGUAUAACCAUAACUUUUCAUGAGCUCAGAUAAAAACAGCCGCUUUCUGCUUUGUGACAAUACAUUUUCCAGUUGAUCCUAUGAGGCUUUUUAAAGAGUGUAUUUAGCUUAAGAAUCCCUCAGUUUAUCAAAAACAUUCAAACAUCCACACAUCUGGAGAUACAAGUUUUUCACUAGACAGGAUUGGGAUGAAAAAUUGUAAUC